AUGGAAGAGGUAAAGUACCAUCAGAGGUUCCAUCAAACUAAUAUGUCACAUGCAUUAAGCAUAUUUAAGAAGUCUAAGUUCUUAAUGAUAGUCCUCUUGGUCCUCCGGUUUAUAUGUGAGGAGACAUGCUGGCCAGCAAUCGGAAUCACCUUUGGGUAUGUCGCUAUGAUGGCUUGCACCCAGAAAUUGGAAAAAUCUAACAUUGCAAAUAAAAAGUCGGUAUUAUUAAUGGCGCAUCUAAUUACAUUCGUCAAAGUUCUAACCAGCAUCAGUGCAACUAUAAGGAAAUAAUCAAGAGUUCCCUCGUGGGCUAAGCCUAGGUGUUACCAUAAGCUUUUUACUCACCAUGGAAUCUAUAAAAUCAAUAGAGCCAGAUUAUAGAAAAGCGAUAGGGUUUUUCAUAUUCUACUGGUCAAUCUACCUAUGCUCUCUCUGUGCUUAUUACUGGAUUAUUCAGGUUGAGGAGAUACUAACCUUCUUUUCAUUGUUCUACUUAGUCUACGAAAUUUACAAAGAAAAUUAUUUUCUUAGCAAUUCACUUACAGAAAUAUUCUACGAUUUUACCGACGAUCCUGUGAUUAUCUAUGAUGAUGCAGACACUGUAAAAUGAAAUGGUAAAUUUAUUCAAACCUUUGGAAAUCUUUUGAGGUUUGAGAAAGUCCGUCACCACUCACAGAUGCUGACAAGGAUUUUGAAUCCGAAGAAGAUCAUUUUUGAGCUUAAGAAGGAAGAAAAAGUCAGAAAUAUUUCUCUUCUUGAUAUUUUUGAAAAUGAGUGACUGGAUGUGAACAAGAAGGAAGUCGUCUUGUGUGAUGGCGAGGAAAGAGUCUUUAUGGUUACGCUUAAUAAGCUAGAGAAUUUGUAUCACUCUAAGACAGUGUUGAUGCUGAAGGAAACCACUGAUAUUCACAAGUUGAACCUGGCUAAAUCUCAGGUUGAGUUUCGGUCAGUGAUUAUGGGCUGCCUGACUCAUGAGUUGCGGACUCCAGCUAACUGUGCUAUAUCUAUCCUUGAUACCUUACGGGAUUAUGUGCAAGAUUCGAGUGAAGCUAGGAAGCUAAUGUCUAUCUGUAAGAGCACUAUUGAGCUACUUAAAUCUCUCACAGAAGAUUUCAUAGAUUUCACCAGGUUUGAAAACAAUAGAGGAUUUCCCAUAGAAAAGCAAGAGGUGAAUUUACAUGAUUUCUUUAAUGAAAUCGAAAAUAUUUUUGUGUUCCAAGCAGAAGAGAAGGGAAUUGUUUUCGAGAUAAACAUGGAUGCCUCUAUUCCAGAAGUUAUAUGGACAGAUCCUAAAAGACUGAAGCAAAUUAUUUUAAAUUUGCUGGGCAAUUCAUUUAAAUUUACCCAAACAGGAAAGAUAGCCAUUAAUUUAUAUGCUAAAAAGGUGAGCAUGAGAGUUAAUCCGCUUGAACUUGGCAAGAACAGAAGACCACAAAUGGUCAAGACCAUUGUUCACCAUCCUAAUCUGGACAAAUUUGGGAGAGUAAUAUCGAGGGGAUUGUGAGACACUUUGGUCAAGACUCGAAGUGCUAUAAAUAAGGUUAGGUUUGAUCCAACAAGCCAACAAAACUCUGAUUGUGAUAGUGACUUUAGUGAAGAGUCUUAUCUCCAUAAGUUUUUGCAUAUUGAAGUUUUCGAUACUGGUUGUGGUAUGGACAAAUAAAACAUUGAGCAAGCUCUUUACAAAAUUCAAAACAGGAAAUAACAGCUCUGGCUUGAAUACCAAUGGGCUUGGCUUAGGACUAUAUCUAAGCAAGGAGAUCUCAGAAAAACUGGGAGGAGAUAUCUCAUGAGACUCUGUUAAUGGUCAAGGGUCUACUUUCUUAAUAAGACUUCCAUUCGAUUCUUUAAAGGAAGUAGAAAGUCUGUUAAAAUCUAUCCCUCAGUCAAGAUUUGAGAAGACCUCAAUGCUGCUUACAGGUUUGCAGAAUCAAGAGGUCUUGUCAGAGUUUUCAUCCCAGAAUGGACCUCUGGUUGGGUUUGAGAAGAUGUACUAUAGCAAACCUUUAAAGAAAAUGUUAGAACUUGGUAGCUCAAAAGAGAUUUCACCUCAAAACACUGAAGAAAGCAAGGAUAUAAUCUCGAUUCCGAAUUCUGUAAAAUCAAGCUCAAUGAGAAAGUUGGUUAUUGAGGAGUCUAAGUUUGAGGUUGAUCCUAGUUGUGACUGAAAAAUUUUGGUAGUAGAUGACUCUCCUUUUAACAUCCUGUCAAUUGAAAUGAUGCUCAAGAGCAAAUUCAAUAUUGGCAUUGAGAAAGCAUUUAGUGGCGAACAGGCUAUUAAUGCAGUAAAGGAAAAGCUCAAAAAUCCUUGCUGAAAUAUCUUCUCUUUAAUAAUAAUGGAUUAUUAUAUGCCACCAGGAAUAAAUGGAGCAGAGGCUGCAUCCAAAAUUCGUGAAAUUCUCGGAGAUAAAGACUACAAAAUUGUAUGUUUGACGUCUCAGAAGGAAGGAGAUUUCAAUUAUAACAAAAGCCUUACACAUUUUGAUCAAUUUUUCUCAAAACCUCUCAAGUGAGACGAAAUGGCAGAGCUGAUUAGGUCUAUCUAUUAGUCCUAAUCGAGCAUCAAUAGUUUAUUUGUAACGCUUUCUAACACUAAAGUU